AAAUAAUGAAUGUGGAUAUUUUGGCCGGCAUCAAUCAUGUCAAGCGUAAAUCGAGGGCUCGCUUUUUGGAGAAAAGAUAUCCCAAAUCCAAAUCAGAAAAAUCCUGAAAACCCCGCCAUAACUUCUCACACCAUUUCCGAAAGGACAAAAAAAAAAACUCCAUUUUCAGAAUGUCCGACGUACCUCCGGAAAUCAUCACCACCAUCCUCAGCCGUCUCCCAGUGAAAUCUCUUCUGCGUUUUCGCCGUGUCUCCAAGCCAUGGCGCGCUCUGAUCGACGGCCGCGAUUUCAUCAAACUCCAUCUCCGCCUCUCAGCCGAGACCAACUCCAAUCGCACCCUCAUAGUGCGAUCGAACGAGCUUUUCUGGGUAGAUCUAGACUCCUUCAAGCUAUUAGACGCCGGAAACAUCGGAUUGAAGCCUCGGAACGUCCUGUGCUCCUGCAACGGCCUGGUCCUCCUCGUGUCACACUCCGACGAGGUCGCCCUCUGGAAUCCCUCCACGAGAAAACUCAACAAACUGCCGCCGCCACCCGUGUUCAGUCAUUGGCCAGCCCAAUACGCCCUGGGCUACGACUCGAAGCAUGAUGACUACAAAGUCGUGCAGGUGGUCCCGGAUAACGAGUGUCAGGAGGAUGAGUUAUCUAUUACCAAUAUUUACAGCGUCAAUUCGAAUUCCUGGAAAAACGUCGAUGGAUUCCCCUAUGCGAUAGAUCCUCUCUUGUCAUGGGGCGUUUGUCUGAAUAAUGCACUGCACACUGGCUAUCGACGCAUGAACUCCCCCUUUCCCGAGAUAAUGGCGUUUGAUCUAUCUAAAGAAGAACAUUAUGAUAUCCCAAUGCCAGAAUUUAGCGGCGUGAUGUCUGUGGAGGUGCUGGGAGGGUGCCUGGCGGCAGUUGUCCCUGGGAAGAUGAACACUAGCGAGAUUUGGGUGAUGAAGGAGUACGGAGUGAAGGAGUCCUGGGUCAAACUACUCUGCUUUGAUCCGCCUGUUGCCCAGCCUUGCGAGAAUCUGUACCCGGUGGCUUAUUCUAAAGACGGUGGUAAGGUUCUGUUAAAUUACGAAGGAUUUUGUCCCAAUUGGUUUGAUUUGAAGACAGGAGCCGUUACAAUUGCUUGUGUCGAUGGUAUGAGUGCUUCUUUCGGUGCUGAUAACCCCAUGAUACAUGCUUUGGAGUGUGUCGGGAGCCUUGUUUCGCCUUUUGCUUCUGGUGGAGUUGGGGGUGGAAAGAAGAACGUUGUGCAGGGCAGUAAGGGGAAAGAAAUUAAAAAGAAGAGGGAUGAUUUUCUGUCGACUGGAUUCAAGCUAGUGCUCUGAAGGGUGACUGCUUUUUAUUCGGGCUCGUAUAAAUGGAACCCCAUGACUUGAUUCUAAUGCGAACUUAUGGAUCGAAUCUGAUUUGCGGUGCUACGGCCUGGAGGCUUUGCUAUAUUAGGUGUUCAUUUGUGCGGUUCUGUAUGAUUGCUCGUUAAUUUGUGAAGAUGCAGCUAUAUCGUGUUUUUUAUUUUUCUGUUUCUGUUUUCUGUAUUUUUGGUUUGCUAGGCUUUUGUAUAGCUUAAAUCUUCUCCUUCAAGUUGUUGGUUUGGAUGGUGUUUUGUGAUUACUAAUAGAACUGUGCUUAUAGGUUGAGGGGCUGAGUUUCAUUUUACCUUGGUAAGCUUGUAAAGCCAAGGCUGUGUUAAUCCACCCUUUGGGUUUGGGUUACGUUGUGUUUUGUUCUGUUUUGAAUGGAAGUCUCAUCCUUUGAUAAAAAUAAAGGAAAAGUGAAAAGGAAAAAGUUGGU